AUGACCGGUUCAAUAGCCGACGCUAGAGCCUCUGUCGAUCGCGCUCGAGGUGAGGCUGCGGAGUUUAGAUACAAGAAUGGAUACGAGAUGCCCUGUGAUGUCCUGGCGAAACGCUUGGCAAACAUCAACCAAGUCUACACACAAAGAGCAUACAUGAGGCCGUUGGGUGUGGCAACGACGCUAGUGUCAGUCGACGAUGAAUUCGGACCCCAGCUCUACAAGUGUGAUCCAGCGGGCUACUACGUUGGAUACAAAGCAACAGCCUCCGGGCCGAAGCAACAGGAGGCGCUCAACCAUCUUGAGAAGAAGCUGAAGAACAAAGAUGCUGCCCCAGGGAGCUGGGAAGAGGUUGUCGAAUUAGGUAUCGGCACGCUCAGCACGGUACUAAGUGUCGAUUUCAAGAAGGGUGAACUGGAAAUUGGCAUUGUGGGUGGACCCAAAGCUGAUGGAAGCGAAGGGGUCGAACGAGAGUUCAGAACAUUGAGUGAGGACGAAAUUGAGGAGCGACUUCAAGCCAUCGCUGAGCGUGAUUGA